UUGUUUAUAUUUAUAAUAGGUAUUGUUGUAUUAAUAGUAACAGUGGACGAGUUUUUCAGCAGUUUAUGUAGCAAAAUAUUGUAUUUAUUUUGAAAGAGUCCAAAAUGUAUGAUCGAUAUUCUCUUUUGAUUAACAUAUAUUUAAAUACAUUUUAUAUUUUAAUUUCUUAAUAAUUCAGAAGAAAAAUAUUACCAGAUAAUCAAUUAUGAAAAGUGAUUAUAAUUUCAAAAUUGGUUAAAUUACAUAUGUAUAGUAUGGAUAAAUCUCAGAUCAAUAAAAACGAUUUUUUCCCUCAAGUUCAGUAUGCAUUUCCUAUUUUAUAUGAAAAGGUUUGUUUAUAUUUGAUUCAAAAUGAAUGUACAGAUGAAGAAUUUGCAGAUGUGAUUAAAGAAAUAAAGAGGUUGAAUUUGACACAAUUUGUUGAAGAUAUAGUUAUUUAUCAUAUAGAGUUAUAUAUUCGGCAAAAUGUAGCACCCACAUUUUGGAAACAAUUCACAAAUAAUGUGACUGGACAACAAGGUUUCGAACAUUUUAAAAAUGCAGUAGAUGGAUUAUAUAUAAGUUUAACAGAAUUUUUGCCAUUAUUAAAAAAGUUAGAAUACUUAACACAAAAUGAAACAGCUCAAUCUACAACAAAUGGGAACAACGUACUAGGUCAAUUUAAAUUAAUUGUACGAUCUACGCUAUUAAGUCAGUUACCACUUCACUACGAACACAUAGUUGAGCAAUUUUAUAAAAUCGCGUUUAAUGUAUUUUGUAGUGCAGAUAGUUCUACGCAAGUAACUACUGGAAGUGAUACUGCUCAAUGUAUGGGUUGUUAUCAGGAAGUAGAUAAAUGUCAGUGUCAAAUGAUUGUAUUUAUGUUCCACGAAACAAAUAGAAAAUUAAUUGAAUUAGAACUAUUAGAGAGAUUAGUUGGUAAUGUUCUUACAUCACUGAUACAUAUACGUAUUAAAAAUCAUGUCAGUCAAUCAUGUGAUAAAACAUUCGAUGUGUCACAAUUAAAAUCAUUAGAAAAUUGGCUUGAAACGGUUGUUAUGAGUUGGUUAAUAAGAAUAUAUUCUGGUGGUUUUUCAAAGGUUGUAUCUUUGACGAAUCAAACUCGUAGUGCUAUAGACAAAUUUAAACAGAAACUUUCUCAUUUUUUAUAUGAAACAUAUACAAGAUUUAGAAUUGAACAACUCUUUGACAUCAUAAUAGAGUAUCCUGAUUCUCAACCUGCAAUAGAUGAUUUACGUAUUUGUCUAGAACGAACUGAUUUACGUAAAGUCCUAAUAGAAAGUCUACAAGAAGCAUUAAAAACGAGAUUAUUACAUCCAGGUGUAAAUACACCAGAUAUAAUAACAGCUUAUAUUGCAGCUAUAAGAGCAUUGAGACAAUUGGAUCCUACAGGUGUCCUCCUUGAAACAAUAACAGAACCUAUUAAAAUUUAUUUAAGAACCAGAGAGGAUACUGUACGUUGCGUAGUGAGUGAUUUGCUUGAUGAUUCACCAAGUGAUCUAGCUGAUGAACUAGUCAAGGGCGAAUCUUUACAAUUAGAUGAUGGUUCUGGCGAUGAAGAAAAUGAAGAUUGGGACAAAUGGAUGCCAGAUCCUGUUGAUGCUGAUCCUGCAAAAUCAGCACAACGCAGAAUGUCAGAUAUAAUAUCGAUGUUAGUAAAUGUAUAUGGUAGUCAAGAUCUAUUUGUAAAUGAAUAUCGUACAUUAUUAGCAGACAGACUACUGUCUCAAUUAAAUUAUCAUACUGAACGAGAAAUCCGUCAUUUAGAAUUAUUGAAAAGGCGUUUUGGAGAAAAUCAACUUCAUUACUGUGAAGUUAUGUUAAAAGAUGUAUAUGAUUCUAAAAGAAUAGAUGGACAUAUACAAUCUGAUGCUAGUUACACUUUAGAAAAAGAGCACUUCCCUACAUCUGCAUUGAUAUUAUCAGCACAGUUUUGGCCACCAUUUAAAGAAAACUGGAAAUUAGAGUUACCUAAAAUUGUACAGGACCAAUUAAACAAAUAUGUAAAAGCAUUUGAAACUCUAAAAGGAAAUAGAACACUUUGUUGGAAACCUCAUCUCGGAAAUGUUAAUUUAGAAAUUGAAUUAAAAGAUAGAAAAUUAGAUAUAAAUGUAACACCCAUACAUGCUACAAUAAUCUUACAUUUUCAAGAUAAGAAAGAAUGGGCUCUAGAAGAACUUGCAGAAAUAAUGCAUGCCCCUGCAACUGUGUUAAGAAGAAAAAUAUCUUUUUGGGUUUCACAGGGUCUUUUGAAAGAAAUUUCUAAUGAUGUCUUCAUAUUACAAGAAGAAAGUUCGACGAAAACCAGAUCUUUAUCAGACAUCGUUCUGGAAGAAGAAGUAGAAAGUGCAAUGGCAUCUGCAAGUGAUCAGAGGGAGGAAGAACUUCAAGUGUUUUGGUCUUAUAUUGUUGGCAUGCUAACCAAUUUAGAUUCUAUGCCUUUAGAAAGAAUUCAUCAAAUGUUAAAAAUGUUCGCGUCUCAAGGUCCAGGAGCAAUGGAAUGUGGCUUACCUGAAUUGAGACAAUUUCUUGAUAGAAAAGUGAGAGAACAUCAACUAUUAUUUUCAGGUGGCUUAUAUCGUUUACCAAAAUCAUAAUUAUUAUUUAAUUCUUUGUAUUAUAUGAUGUAUAAUAUGCGAUAAACUCAUCAAUGUUUAAAAGCUGAUUUCAUACAAUAAGAUUAAUAAUAAAAAUUAAUCUGUAUAAUACUGUUUAAACCCAUAGUUUAAUAUACUGAGCAACAAUGAAAUUUUAUGUACUGUAUAAUAAAGAUGAAAGUGAGAAUUA